AACUAGUAUUAUACGUGUUUGUGGAAUAUCAAAACAUGAUGAUGAAGUGACAAUUUUACGAGAAUCGUAUUUGUGAAUAUACUUACAACCUGUUCUAUUACGAGUUGAUUAUUAAACAUAUUGACAUACAGAAGGAUAGUAUUGUUGGGAAUAUAGCGUUAUAUUUUCUGUUCAGCUUCGAAACAAGGGUAUCUAAAAUAUAAUUUGAAUGUAGAAAUGUACAUAAACAUGAUUAAGUUCUUUAUACAACAUUUCAUACAUGAAGAUUGUAUGAGUAAAAGUUAUUAACCAUAUGUUGAGAACAAACAUUAUGUGAUAUUUAAAAUGUCACAAGUAAAUGGUGGUGCAAAACCAGUAACAAAUCAUUAAACAGUGCACCUGUACAUAAUAAUCGUAUUACUGUUGGUGCAAUAUAGUCACCUUUAAAUAAUAAUAAUAUGAAUACCACUAGGAAUAAUAACAAUCAAGUCCCAUUAGUUAAUGUAAGGGAUAGGUUGUUUCAUGCAAUAUUUUUUAAAGCUGCAAUAGCAUAUGCAAAAACAUUUCCAAGGCAUGUCAGGAGACUUAUAGAGUUCAUAGUUUUAUUAAAGGCUAUAAUAGCAUUUUUUGUGUUGGCUUAUAUUCACAUAGUAUUUUCACGAGUACCAACUAACUGUCUAGAACAUAUAAGAGAUGAUUGGCCGCGAGAUGGUAUAUUAAGAGUGGAAAUACUUAGAAAUGGAGGAGAAGACUAUAGUAUAGAUAAAACUUAUGUAAAAGAAGAGACAUUGAGACAAGAAAAAGUAGAUGACUUAACUAAUGCUUUGGGAAUAUUAACUAGAGAUGGGUUUAUUAUCAUUGAACCAUCUGCUGUUGAUGAAGAUAGAGACACUGCUAACAUGUCUAAUGAAGAAAAUCACGACAGUUUAACAUUAGCUGAGAAAGACAUAGUUGCCAGACAUGCUACUGUUUUAGGUGAAGCACAAGAUCCAAAUUUAAGUAUAAGUAACACUACAAGUCCUUCACUAUCAACAAAAUUAUGGAACGAAUUAAAUAUAGGCACAAAAGAGAUGUCAGACGAGAAAAUAGUGUCAUUAACAGAUGAGCAAAACAAUACCGCUGAACAAGAUGUAAAUAAAUCAGAUAAGGAAGAAAAUAUACAACCAUUAAAGGAGCAAAAUGGUGAAAUCGAUAAGCUUGCUAGGACAGAUGAUGGGUAUAUUGUAGAAUAUUCAUUAGAAUAUGGUUUCUUGAGAUUGUCACCUGCUGCAAGACAGAGGUUAAACAUUCCCGUAAAAGUUGUUACUCUCGAUCCUAUGAAUGAUAAAUGUUUUGGCGAUGAUUUUUCAAGAUUAAUACUUGAUGUCUUCCUGGGAUACGAUGAUUUAUUGAUGGCGAGCAUCAAGACAUUGGCAGAACACGAAGACAAUAAAGGCUUUUUACGAAAUGUAGUGACUGGAGAACAUUAUCGAUUCGUAAGCAUGUGGAUGGCCAGAACUUCGUAUCUUGCGGCAUUUUGCAUCAUGUUAAUUUUUACUACCUCCGUUUCAAUGUUGCUACGGUACUCGCAUCAUCAGAUUUUCGUGUUUAUUGUGGACAUGCUCCAUAUGUUGGAGUUCAGUUUACCGAUAUCGUUUCCGGCUGCAUCCCUGCUCACGGUGAUCUUGGCUCUUGUUGGAAUGGAGGCAAUCAUGUCCGAAUUUUUCAACGAUACUACAACUGCUUUUUACAUCAUAUUGAUUGUUUGGAUUGCCGACCAGUAUGACGUUAUUUGCUGCCACACAUCCAUUGCGAAGAGGUAUUGGCUUCGGUUCUUCUACUUGUACCAUUUCUCGUUCUAUGCUUAUCACUACCGAUUCAAUGGCCAGUACAGCAGCCUGGCGCUCCUCACAUCUUGGCUGUUCAUACAGCACUCGAUGUUGUACUUCUUCCAUCAUUACGAGCUGCCAAUGAUCGUGCAGCAGGCGCAGUGGCAGAAUCUUCAGCUUCUCAAUCACGGGGAGCUUGGUAGGCCCGAACGUUUACGUGCAUCUCGUCUUCUGGUACCCACUCACGAGGCGGUUCAUAUGCCCGAAGGUUUGCGUGCAUCUCGCCUUCUGGUACCCACUCACGAGGCGGUUCACGUGGCCGAAGGUUCGCGUGCAUCUCACCCUCUGAUCGACAAUGUCGAGAGGGCCGAACGUUCGGACGAAUCUCGCCUUCUGGAUCCCGAUUCGUUGCCUACGCGAGCUGCCACGGAGGGGUCCGAGUUGACAGAAGAACCAUCCACGCCUAGCUCAUCGGAAUCGACCAUUUCCGACGUUGAAGUCGAGGAAGAAGCUAAAACCGCGACGCAUACUGCCCAGAGCGAACAAGAAAACAACGAAGCGACGGAGAACCCGACGACGGCGCCCAGCGCGAACAUCAGGAAGGACACGGAAGCGAAAUCAGUCGCGCCGAUAUCUGACGGUGCCGCUUCCUCUUCCGAGCCAGGGGACAAUGGGUCGUCCACAGAUACUUCCAUGUCGGAAGGCUUUGAAGUGAUCGAGGCUACGGAGGCGACCCGGAAGGAAACGGCAUCCUGUCAGGACAAGCAGGAACAUUAAGCGCCUCGAGUCGUGCCAGUUUCCAUAGCGGAUAGCCUGGGAGAAGAGGUUGUCAUUUCAGAGCGACUGCAUCUGCGACCGGUUGCACCCCGCGGCUGAGGGACUUCGUGGAUCGCAGACAAUUGGGCACACGGACCGUAUCGUUUGUUGUGGAUCCUGCAUGAAGGGGACGGGGCGAAAAGGAAAUAAAACGUUUAUUUUACAACGUAUCGGUAUCGAAGCUUCGGGGAAAGCUCGUCCUUCGGCGGCGCUGGCCCGAGCCGGGCCUGGGGUCAGGUUUUAACGAGUAACUGGGGACUGAGGAUCGGCCGGGUUGAAGCGUGAUAAUUGGUAACUGGAUUUCAUCGUGCACGGGACCAGAUAGCUAGGAAAUAUACUCCUACCGUUGAGGUUAACGUAUGCGAUAUCGUGUUCCCGGUGAUCGGCGAGAAAGACGAAACUUCGUGGGUGGCGGAGCAAUUUUUUCGAAGCGGAUUCUUUUUAAACGUUUGUACAGAGCCUAGGAUAGAUUUUACCGUGAAUUGUUCACCUUUCGUUCGCCGUGACGGGUAAAGCUUUUCCUUUUUGGGGCACCGAGUGCUCGUCUGGAAUGGAAUGGAAAUUUUCUAUUUAACGAAAAAUCAUUAUAUACAUUUUGAAAUUUAUAUUCUGAUCUAUUAAGUCUCUAAGUUUUGUUUCAAAAUUAAUAAAGCCAAUAAUAUUGUAAUCAUGUACGUAAGGGAUUUUUUCGAGAACUGUUCUACGGUAAUGAAUGUUCAUUGCUUUUUAUGUGUAUCAGGAAAAGAAAAUUUUUUUUUUUUUUUUUUUUUUUUUAGAAUAGACGAACAAAUGCGUCUACUUUAGAUUGCUCGAAAAUUGCGGUCAAUUGUGUAUGGAUGUGUGAUUUUUUACUUAAAUCCCUUCCCUUUCUUGUCUAUUUAAAAAAGAAAAAAAAAGAAAAGAAUAUUCAUCACAAGAAUGACAAAAAUCAGGUAGUUUUAUCGAGAAUGUCUGUUGUUAACCUUUUCUUUAAAGAUUCUUUAUUUAUAACGACUCUGUUAAAAAAUAUACAAAUUCAAGGAAACGAGAACGUGAUACAUAGUAACACAAAAUGCAAAACGAAGGGCCGAGGUUGAGCUAAUUGCUAAUCAUUUUGUAACACAUAUUACGAAACAUUUAUCGCUUUACCCCGAUGAUGCGAUGCGGUUUUAAUCUAAUUAGUAUAUUUUAUAAAAUCUUAACAAGAAACUGUUACACGUUUUCAAUUUCGCGUUCGAAAUCACCUUCGGAAUACAAGCAAAUUUCUUCCUUAAUUUACAAAUGGCGGAAACAAAGAAAAAAAAUACCAGGUAAAACUUUCUUUUCCAUCAAGAAGUUAAUUAAAUGAUUUAUAUUGUACUCCGAAGGUGGUUUCCAGAUAUUUCUAGAAUACAUUUACCGAUAAGGGUUUACAACGAGGUCGAGUACGUUCUAACGAUUAGCAACAAAUGAUCGUUGACUAGAUUCCUAGUAUACGUUCGCAGAGUUCAGGGAUAAUCCAACAUCGGUUCCGUUUAUAAUCGUUUACAUAUUUCGUUUAUUUAUUAUUAUUUAAAUGUUCAUGCAUAUUCUCUCGUAGCUAGGUAUGGGUUAUUAAAGUUUAACGUUUUAGAACGAUGGUUUUGGUUUCGCCUACGAGUUCGUUCAGGGAUAUUCUAACACCUGUCGGUCGAGCUAGCAUCGACCGUGACGAAUCUUUCUAUUGAUAAGUACCGUUUGUACAGAAACAACCGAGACUUAAGUCGAGCGAUUCGUUCGUAUCUCGCGGCAAGUUCUUCGAACGUUAUCCUUAGGCUUAAUUAACUAAGUUGCUUAGUUAGUAAUUUCACACGCGGGAAUUGUAGCGUGCCAGCGGCGCGUGUCGCCGUAACGAACAACUUUCGCAAGUUAACGAUCAAAACGAUGAAGGGUGGAACGAGAACUGUGUGUACAUUACGAGCGUCAACGUAAACGGAUCAUUCGCGGUUCUACGUUCACGUGCUAUUUAACGCUUGAUCGCUGAUUAUUAUUAAAUAAGUUUUACUGUAACAUACGUCUGAGACGAGGGGGUGGGGAUAGCUCCACAUGCUAGAUCAACGUCAUUUUUCUGGGUCUACUCGAAAUCAGUGAUAAAUGCUUCAGUGUCAAUGUUUUCGUCGACACUGACUACGAUUGAUUAAUUAAUCUUUUCGCCUUACACUUGUCGUAACAGUGCAAAGACCAUAACCAUCGAAAGAGAGGGAGGGUCUAUAUCUUAAAAUGCAUUGAAAUUUGAUUUUAACAAAUUAUUUUAUUUCCUCGAUAAUAUCUUUUAAUCGUGUUAAAAUUAAUUUUUAUACAUUUUAUUCCAAAUAAUGUUAAUCUGGCAUAAUGUUUACAAUGGAAUUUGAACGUCCAGAAAACGACUACACUGUAAACGAAAGUACACACCGAAUUAGCACUUGGUGUCUAUGAAAAUUAGCUUCAGUAACACAUAAGUUCUGCUAUAUUUUGUCAAGGAAAGCUUGACGAUUAAAAGAUUGUCCUCGAAACGUCAGCUGAUGAUUUCGAGUAGACCUUCUUUUUCUAUAUAGGUUUCAACGCGUUUCGACGGGAAACGUGAAACCCGCGGCGCAUUGAGAUUAGUUUCUAAGAGAGGCGAUCGUAGAGUAAGAGAUUAACUGGUGACAGAAUUUGUUAAGAGGUACUCACUUUGCACAUAUAUUUAUUCAUUUGCUAUCGACGUUACUCUAUCCUUGUGUACAUGCAAAUCGUGUCUUGAAAGCGGAAUCAGGUUGGACCCGAGUGUGUUCGCUAAGUUUUUGCUCAAACACGGCUCGAAUGGCCGAUCGUUUGACGGCGAGAGAUGUCUAAACGAUUUUACACGCAAAAGUUGCCGAGACAGCCUUUUGGUAUCGUAGAGAAACGAAUGGCCGAUUGUUGUUUUAAAUGUUUUUAAUGUACAAAUAUCCGCCUAUGUAAAAUAUUUUCCUAAACUAAUUAUGUCCGUAGGAGUCUCUCUUUGAUUGUACAUAUUAUUACAUUAUAUUAUUAUUACAAUUAUACUAUUCCUGAUCUUACUGGUAGAUUACAAAUAAACGUAAAGGUGUUGCAA